UACCUAGAUUAAGCUAACAUUGAAACGAGACUAAUAACAAACCGGAAACUAUGGAGGGAUUUUGCAGAGGUUGUCUUGUAAAAUACAAUGAUCCAAUGGAGCUACUACAGUAUACGGAGAAAUAUAGAAGAUUGUUUGUGUAUUCCACUGGGUUACAGGUGAAAAGAAAUGAUACAUUCAUAUUCCAGCUAUGCAAGGAUUGUUUCCUCAAUAUGAAACAAGCUUGUAAGUUCAAGAAACAAUGUCGGACUUCAGAUAAACAAUUUAAGAACUACAAAGCGUUGAAAGAUGUAGGGGACCCCAUAGAUUUCUAUACAUUCCUUAAAAACAGUGAUGACGCUUUAACAUUCCGGCUGCCACUAGCAAGUGGAAAUAGUACUCCAGCUACUCAAAAGAGAGAUGAUGACAAUGAGUCAACAUGCACAAGUAUACGUAACUUCAUGACGGAUAUUCUACAAGGAGAAGAGAUGCCCGACACUGAAGCUCGGAUCAUCAGAGAAGUAAUAGAAGAAGAAGCUGAUGUGCUGGAAGACUCACUGGAUUCCCAUUGGCUUCAAGAUGAUGUGUCUAUUGAUACUGACUUCAGAUUAGAUUUUAGUUUCAGCCCAUUUUCAACGCCAAGGACCGAAAAUAAUGACCACUGCUAUACCCCUAAAAAGUAUGUCGAGCAAAAAGAUGAACAAAUCAAUUUCGAAACUGUAAACACUGAGAAACAAACUAGAAUACUCAACGACUUCACAAAAGCUUUCCAAAAUGAUCAAAAUAUAAAGGAGCAUGAUAGUUUUGAUAAUAAAGUCGUGGGAAAUACAGAAAGUUUUAAGAGUAUUAAAGAAUUUUAUUCUUAUGAAGCAAAUGAUCCAAUUGGUGAUAUUGAUCCUAUAAAAUCAGAAAAGAAACCUCACAAAAGCAGCAAGCACAUUAAAGAUCUCGCUGAUUAUGGAACCGAAGAUAUGUCAACUAAAGAGGUUCAACUAAAAAGAAAUUUUGCAAACAAACAUCUAAAAGAAUUAUGCGACUUUAGCUUAGAUGGCAUUGAAAAGCCGGACAGUAAUAAAAACGAUAGUCUAAAAGAAUUAUGUGAUAUGACUUUGGAUGAGUUUGAAAAAAGAAAAUUAGAUAAUAAUGUAAAAAAACAUGAAGAUGUGAAAAUGAUGUGUGAUUUUGGUGCAGAUGAAAUUGACGGUCUUGAUAAAUCGGUAAGCAAUUUAGAUCUGCCGUCGCUUGAAGACUCGGAUAAGGGUAGAACAAGUGGCCUGAAUUUUUAUACAGAGAACAUAAGUUCAGUGAAAUCUAAUAACGAAAUAAGUAACAGCAGUAUUAAUAUUGAAGCUUUGUUAAAAGACAAACCAUGUACGAUAGAUAGGAAUUUAGAAGAGGCGUUAAAGAAUCCUAACAAUAAAGAAUUUUCUCUGGAUGAAAUACUUGUUUCUCCACCAGUAUUCCAAAAAACGUCAGCGGCUUCAACUCCUACAAUAAGAAAUAUACUGUUUGAUGAGAAACUUGAAUUACCUGUUGUGAAUACUAAUAAAAAUGUUGGACAAUGCAUAGAACCGUACGACAAUGUCCAAGGCGAUAUAGAAAUCUUCGAAGAAUUCUUCCAAAACGACACUAAGGAAUUCGACAUCGAUGAUAUCAGAAAGGCUAAUGUAGAUAUUAAUGGACAAUGGAAAAGAGACUCAAAGUUUAUCAACAUUAAAGUCGCAAAUGAUAAUCUAAAUGACUUUGAAAUGGUAGAUAUAGAGAAUGAAAAGGAACUUAUUGAGAAUAAUAAAGAAAAAAGUGAUGUGGUAAAAGAUGACAGUGAGAAUAAUAAGAAAUCAUAUUGUGACUCCUGUAAUAAAGAAUUUAAAAAUAUAAGAGCACUCAAUAUACAUAUGGCCAGAAUUCACGGGCAAGUUAAUAGAAAACCAACAAAUAAUAAAAAUACUAAAUUGUGUAGUCAAUGUGGAUUGGAGGUGAAGGAUAUAUCAAAUUUCAAAAGACAUUUGAAUAUUUGUGGGAAACCUAAGGUCAAGAUAAAUUGUGAUGUUUGUGCGGAAUCUUUUACUUCACAAAGUAAACUGAAGAAACAUAAGAGAAACCAUUCGACAAGGCAGAAGUCUGAAAAACAAUAUAUUUGUUCGGUUUGCAAUGCCAUAAUGAAUAAACGUAACAACUUCAUUCUGCAUAUGAGAAGGCAUGAAAAGAAGUACUCCAUAAGGUGCACAGAGUGUAGCAGAGGUUUCUACAGACAGUCAGAUUUAAAGACUCACAUGAGACAACACACUGGUGAAACACCAUUCAGUUGUAAUUAUUGUAGCCGUUUGUUUUCCCGCCAAGAUGUGUUGAAAAGGCAUAUUAAAAUUCAUUUAGGUGAAAGGAAAUACGAAUGUGACACAUGUGGACUAAAAUUCAAAAGGAAAUGUAAUGUUUCUCUACAUAUUAUGAAAAACAAGUGCCGACCGAAACCAAGUGAAAAUAAGAAAGAAGUAAAAAAUAAAUUAGUAGUGGCAAAUACAGAUAUCACUGUAAUAUACGCUACGGGAGAUAACGAUUCCAUUAAAAAGCAGUUGCCGUUUUUGGAAACCGAACUGAGUAAUUAAGAAAAUAUGAUAUAUACAAAAUAUAUAUUUCAAUUUAAAAUGUAACAUUUGUUUUAAUUUGUACCUCUGAUUUUAAUUUGAACUAAACUACAUGUAAUGGCUUAACUACAAGAUGUCAGAUAUGCCAUACUAUAUGAAAACAUCAUAAAUAUGUGAAUGUGAUAAAUAGAAAAUAUGUUAGCAAUAAAACACAAUAUUCAACAACACCUGAUUAUAUUCAAGUAGGACUGUGCUACAUAAAAAAUGAAUACAAAAUACCUGAUUCAUUCUGCAACAUGACUGGUAUACAGUAUGUGAUUCGUUUGUAUGAGGAUUUAAAUGCAAUUGUAAGCCAAUUUUUAAAUUAAGAACAAAUCAACUCUUAAAGCUAGCAUACCCUACUUUAGUACUAUACUUACAAUUUUGUAAGUGGCUAUAACUAGUAUCAUAUAAAAAUGUAUAACUAGAACAACAUACAUAGUUACUUUAGAACAUUCAUACAUGUAUUGGACCCAUUAGCACGAAGGAAGUUAAUAAAUAAUAAUAUAAAUUAUUGUUUUGAUAAUAAGUUAGCCAUCAUUCAGUGCAAAUGGGGUCCAAGUUUUUUUAUUUAAAUAUACUUUUGUUCAGUUUUAACCAGUGAUAUACAAGAGCAUGUGACAUCACAUGCAGAACAACUUGAAUUAAUAUAAAACGGAUUUUACUAAAGCUUCUAAACUGUAAACUAAGUAAUGAUGCAUCUUAGGUAGUAUUGUAGUGUUUCUCAGUGUGACAUGAUGGAACAUAGAUAAUCAAAAUAUCUAACAGGGUUCAAAAAGAACAGAUCGCGCCAUCUGUGAGUAAAAUUUUCAAUUGGCGCUUGUAAAGGCUCAAUUUUUUACUCAAAACAUUAUUUUACAGUUUGGAAUACCACUUCAGUACAUAAACAACCUUACAUAAUUUAUGUAUACAAAUUUAAAAUCAUACUCUUUUGGAUUUUAUUUCUUACAUCUAAGUAUUAGGCGUCUAAACUUUAGUGCCAUAGAUCACAGACACAUCUAUUAUUUAUCUAAUAAGUUUUGACUACAAUCUUUAAAACCAAUAUGAUUAUGCAAUGUGAACUUAAAGUGGAGUAAAAAAACUGCAAAAUAAAACAAACAGUUUGUAGUAUUUCAUUAUUCAAAAUGUAUAGCAUAAAAUUGCUUAUUCACAAUUAACUCAAACUCAAUUUAAAACAUCAACUAAUUAUAUUCAUAAAACGAAAAUAAUAACAACAAAACAUUGGGUCUUCAACGCACAUACAUUAAAUAGGACAAAAUAAACAACACAUUGGUACAAUACUGUUUCAGCUAGCUGCCACAGCAAGACCACAAUCUCAUUCAACUAACUAAUCAAUUAAAUGAUUAAAAACUAAGUAGAAAUAAACAAGUAAGUAACCUUUGUUACAUUGAACUUCAAAUUACUGGCUAUAAAUUUACACCAGUAACAGAUUUUAGAUUAAAAGAGCUUGAAUAUCACCAUAGAGAACUAAUACAGCCUGCCAAAGUGACAGUAUUGAUUCCAAUGUGUACUUAGCUUAAAUCAUUCAGUUGUCACUUCACACAGCAUUCAGCACCUUGGUUUAGUCAGUCAUCGAGUCCAUCACUUCACUUUGAACUAAGAUUUCUGACCCUUAGGCCUGUGUGAUAGCACUAUGCAGUUAUCCGCAAGUUGGUUGCGCAUUGAGCUGUUUUCUUUGCGCACUUCAGUCAGCUCUUGGUUAAGUCUCAAUAUUUCUAGUACAAGUUUUUCAUUCUCAACUUCCAGUUUUUCUAAUCUGAAACAGUAUAAAAAUGGAUCAGAUUUUUUACAACAACAUAAAAUUUUAAAUAACUCACCUAUAAAAAAGGAUUUUUGUCAAUUUUGCUAUGUGCUGCAUGUAAUAAUGAAUGAGACAGUAGAAGACUUAGUAAUCCAAUAUGGCAAUGAAGAAUGUCAUUUCAACCUUUUUGUUUUUUCUUCACUUGAUGAUCAUUUCUAAGACCUAAUUAUCAGCAAUUAUGAAUAGAGAAGCCCUAAAUAUUGAUUGGAGAUCAUAUUAGUCUUGUUUUCUAACCCAAUUUCUAUUAAAUAUGAAAUAAGAACCAAGCUAAAUUACAUACUAACCUCUUUUGUUUCUCAGUUAAGUCUGUAAUAUGGUCACAUGCUUUAGCUAAUAUUCCCCCUUUACUUGCAGAGUCUGGUAGACCAGAAUUAGGAACUAAGUUGGCCAGUUUAGAGAUCCAGCUGUUGAUUUUGUCUCGACGACGUCUUUCUACCUCAUUGUGGGUUGCUCGCCUUUUGUCAUCAC